CCAACAUACUUACCAGAUAGAGACCUGAUUUCCGGUUUAACUUUCAUCGCAUCUGCUACCAAAGACGAGGAGAUCGAGGUGCAGGCACUUGAUCUACUGUGGAGAUUGAAUCGUCGCGAAGGGCUCCUGGAUAGUCGCGAUGUUGUCCAGAUGCAUGAGCUCUCGAGGUCCCUU